CGAGUUCAGUCUUACCAAGCAGCAAAAGAGGGCGCAGUAGCUGGUCUCUCUAACGACAAAGCUUGUGCCCGCGGCAACGAUGGCGGCUUGGGGAAGAGGCAAUGCAGCGGGCAGUAAGGCGAUUGUCGCCGGCGCCGCGUUCCUGUGCGUGGCCGCGAUGCUCCUGGCGGCCACCCCCGCGGCCGAGGCGGGGGCGACAACGUACCUUGUCGGCAACGCCGCCGGGUGGACGCGCAACGUCGACUACGGCGGGUGGCUGGCCGGCAAGACCUUCCGCGCCGGCGACGUGCUCGUGUUCAAGUACAACAGCACGUUCCACGACGUGGCGUGGGUGAGCAAGGGCGGGUACAAGAAGUGCAUCGUGUCGCCCAAGGGGUACGCCCCGGUGUACCGCAACGGCUACGACGCGGUGGCGCUGCCCAGGGGCACGCACUACUUCAUCUGCGGCGUGCCGGGACACUGCAGCGCCGGCAUGAAGCUCGCCGUCACCGUCUACUGAUCAUUCGAUCGUCGCCCACCUCCGGACUGCAUCGAGUGGCGUUGACCUUGACGUCCUACGUCGCGCUGGCGUGUGUAAUUUGUGUGUGCUUGCAUUGCGAUUUGUGAGUUUGGCGUAUGCAUCACAUGGAAUGAGUAAACCUGGUGUUUUCUCUCGUAAUACGCCGAUGCUUAAACUUCUCUCGCGUGAGCUUGUCGUCUUUCAAAUUUCCAAAGAUACUAAGCUCACUUAAAAGGAAGCUCUUUGGUGCAUCCAUGAUCGUACCACACCCGGUUUUCUCCUC